UUCGUCUUCACGCGGCUUUCUGUUCUAUCCUUCCGGCACCAAUAUCUCCAGGGACUUCUUUUCACCAUGGGCCGUACGCGUACAAAAUCUAAGAAGGCGAUUGCCGUGUCUACGAAAGCCUCAACCGCUGAGGAAAGUACAAGUGAACCGUCUAUUGCCUCUCUGCUCGAGAAGGCCCAGGCUCUAGUCGUCGAAUGCGACUACGAUCUUGCAGGUCGCUUCGCACGACGGAUAUUAGAUCGAGAACCAAACAGCGUGCAGGGCAAGGAGCUGCUUGGUGUGGUUCAGCUCGAGACGGGAGACCUGGAUGCCGCCAAAACGACUUUCGAAUCAUUACUGCCUCCGCGAGCAGGCGCGCCGUCAACACCACCGCCAUCCGCGCAUCUCUACUUGGCCCAAUUGGGCGACGAUCCACACGCAGCACUGGAACAUUACCAGGCAGCAGUCGACAUCCUGAAUGGCCAACUAAAGGGGAAGGAACGUGCCACGGAUCCCCUCGGAACGAAUGACGACGAGAAGGAGCUCAAGCAGAAUAUCGUGCGAGCACUGAUUGGCAUGGUGGAGAUAUGGAUGGAUCCCUCAUAUGAUCUCUGCUUCGAUCCUGCAGCCGAGAAGAACUGCGAAGACCUCCUUAACCUGGCGUUGCAAACUGAUCCCGGCAACACAGAAGCGUUGCAGAUGUUGGCAUCUGUGCGACUGUCCCAGCAGAGACCAGACGAUGCAAAAGCAUGCCUGGAGGAAGCUUGGACACAGUGGAAGAACCUGGAGCCAGAUGACGUGCGCCUGCCGCCAGUCCCUUCGCGUCUCUCGCUCGUAAGACUAUUCCUGGAACUAUCGCUCUUUACUCCAGCCCUUCUCGUGUUGCAAGGCAUCAUGACCGUCGACGAUCAGGAAGUAGAGGCAUGGUACCUCGAAGGCUGGUGCUUCUUCCUCAUGGCUGAGCAAGCACAAGAGAGCGGAGGGAAGCUCGAUGAACUCACCUGGGAAGAACUGGCAAGGGAUUCGCGUGACUGCCUGGAGACUUGCCAGAUGUGGCAUGUAAACCAAGAACACCCAGACAAACCACUCUUGCAGCAUGUACGCGAGCUGAUUGGCAAAUUGGAGGCGUUGGGCGUACAACCGUUGUCAGAUGAUGAUGGAGACGAUGGCGAUGCGGAUGGCUGGCAGGAUGUAGAGGGGGCUGAAGACAGCGACGAAGACGUGGAGAUGUCAUAACAGUCAUGACGGAUUAUUGUGUUUGUCACUCGGAUCUCUAACUCAUCGUCCCUACGUGCUACUAGCUCGCUCUCGUACAGUGGACAAAAGUAACUUACAAACACUGCAAGGAUAUCUAUCUGCUUGAUUACGCUGCUGCAAACGUGUCACAGUCCUAAGUUAAGUACGAUGCGGCCUUCAGGCCAGGAGGAGGAGGGGAUGACAUUUAGUAG